CAGCCAUGUUGGGAAAAUUAGAAGGGAACCAACAGUACAACUAGAAGGACGGGAACAUCUAGGUUCGGUAGCGGCGUGUAUAACACCUAACACCACCACCAUGGCUGACCCGGAAAAACAGCCCGAACAACCCAAGGUUAACCAGCAAAAAAUGGUCAUUGCUAACAAAGUGACCGGGACUGUGAAGUGGUUCAACGUAAAGAGUGGCUACGGGUUUAUCAACAGAAAUGACAUCAAGGAAGACGUGUUUGUUCAUCAAUCGGCUAUUGUUAAGAACAAUCCAAAGAAGGCUGUACGAAGUGUAGGAGAUGGAGAAGUGGUUGAAUUUGACGUAGUUGUAGGUGAAAAAGGACACGAGGCAGCAAAUGUGACUGGGCCUGACGGCGAACCUGUUAAGGGCUCACCUUAUGCCGCUGAUAAACGUCGUGGUUACCGUACAUGGUAUCAACGACAACGUGGAGUCUCUAGACCUCAGCGUAGAUCGCGAGAAGGAGAAGGAAAACAAGGAGACGAUAACAAUACCAAUGAAGGUGGCGGCGGUGGUCAAAGACGUUACAGACCUCGACGUAAUUAUGACGGAAGUUAUUACCGUGGAGGUCGUCGGUCUGGCCCACAGUCACAACAACAUGGCGAAAAUGGAGGUGAAGGUGGUGGAGCAGCUCGUUAUGAUAAAGGUGAUGAGGCUGAUGGCGAAGGAGGUGGUAAUCAACGUUCUGGUCGUGGACGUGGUGGACCAUCCCGUCGCUUUUACCGUCGAAACUUCCGCGGAGGAAGAGGCGGUGGUGCAUCUCGACGACCAAGAAGCCAAGAUAAGCCAUACCAGAAGUCAUACAUGUCAACGAAGAUGCAUGAAAUGGAUUUAUGUACAAAACAAGAAACAUCAUCUGCUUUAGUUGUUGUUACACAGCAUCAGAGCGUAUCCUCAGCUUAAUUGGACAGCACUUUUGAGCUUUGGUUGUUUUAAUGGAAAGCCAAUCUGUGCAAAAUACAACUACUGAGAGCACUGCUUAGAAAAACCGAUGCUACCACCAUUCAACACUCCUUUCAGAAUAAAAAACACCAAUACCCGUUACACAGAUACAGCAGCGGCAACGAAACAUCACCAACAGCAGCAGCAGACAACAACAACAUUAAAACAACAACAACAACAACAACAACAACAACAACAACAAAAAUAAUAUUUAAAAAUUAAAAAAAAAAAUAAUUCAAAAAGCUACAAUUAUUAUUCAACACUUCCCACAAAAAUAAUUAAAAGGUAUGUAAAAAAGAGAGAACAUCAAGAAGGAAAGAUAAAAAUUUGUAAGGAAAAACUACAGACUGAUAUUGAAAAUUCAACAAAUUGAUACUUACAAAAUAGAACUCAGGAUUAAUCAACUGAAUCAUCAUGAAGUUAUUAAGAUUUUCUUUGUCAUUUACAAUUGGAUGUUCAUUUUUAUCUCAUGUUGGAGUUAUAUUACAAAUGUUCAAUGUUUACGAAUUCGAUUAAAUAUUUUUUUACUGUAACAUUUUUUCGUGGUGUGCAUAGAAAUGAUAAAUGAAAAAAAUUUUUAAACGUUACAACUCUAAACGAUAGCGUGAGAGUGAUGAACAUUAAUAUAUUAUGAUUUUUCUAAUCUUCAUUUUGUUUCGUUGAACGGGUAAAUAAAAAUAUACACAACUAACAUUUAUUUGAGUUCCAUAUCUGAAGGGUCAUAGUUUUUAUCUGAGCUCGUAAUUAAUUUCUGACAAUUAAUAAUAAUGAAAACAUAGUCAAUUUUCAAAUGAAUAACACAUUAUUUCUUCAUUCAAUAUUAACAAUACAUAAAUUAAUUUUAUUUUGAAUAUUUGUUUUCAUAUAAAACGUCACACAGCUUACAGAUAUUUUGUUUUGGCCCUUUUACCUAUAACACAUUUGUUCUUGUUUCAUAUAUUAUUAAGUUAAAAUGAACUUUUGUGAGUAUCGUGUAUUAUUUGACCAUAAAAUUUGUGUUAAUAAUACCACGAAGAAGAAUUAUCUUAAUAAAAGAUAAUUUGUUCUUUUAUAAAAAGUGUUUACCUGUUCACGAAACAUAAUAAUUUAGACAUGCAUUAUUUUUCUUUGACCACUUACAACUCUAAUAAUUGAUUAAUUUCUUUGAAAAUAUGUAUGUAAAUUAUUGAAAUUUUCUGCGAAAAUCAUUGUAAGCAAUAAUCACUGUUUAGUUUUAUUUUAUAUCUUUAAUGAUUCCAAUAUAGUAGGAACCGAUAGUAGGUUCUACCCUUGACAGAUAAAUCAUUGGACUAAAUGCACAAUAUUUCAUGUGAAAUAUUCGUUAAAUUGGGCGACAGAUGAUAACAAAGUUUAUAUAGUUUUGCAUGAAAUUUUUUAAAUUUUAGGUUGUAGCAACAUCACGAAAUAAAAUAUAUUAAUUUCUUUCUAUAUUGUAUUUUUUUUUUUAACAUGUAAGCAUCUUUCAUAUAUUUCAUUGGAUUUUUUUGAUCUAUACUCAAGCAAUAAUUGGUUGACUAAUUUUUGAGCGAAUAUUGUAAUCAAUUGUUCAUAAACAUUGUCUGCUUUAAUUAACAUCUGAGUGUGUGUAGGAAGUACUAGUAAUGAUUUUCUCUCUUAUAAAUUUACAUGCUUUAUAACAGGUAAAUUUUCAUCUUCUAUCUUUGUACGGUGGCAGUUUCGUGGCAAUCUUCGCGGAAUCCUUGUAACUUGCAUAAUACCUUUGUUUGUAUCCUUAUAAUAAUUUGAAAUCAAACUUCAAAGAAAAAACUAUUAAUAAGAACAAAUGGAUGCAUAAUAACUAUAGACGAUGCAACAUUAAUAAGAGCUAAUUGUAACGCGCGGUUACGUUACAAAAUCGAUGAAUGAUUAAUAAGUAAUGACGCAAAACAUUUGUAUUUUAUAAUAAAAUAAAUAAACAAAAUUAAAUUUACUUGUCAAUUUGGAUGAUUCUUAAAUGUUAUAGACAUUUUUUUAUACUCUUCAUAAUAUUUAUAUGAUAAAUAAAUUUUUGAAUGAAUGAUAAUGAAUCGAUUAUCUGAUUAACGUAACCGCGAAGUUCAAUGUAAUGCACUGUAGAAAACAUUCAUUAACAAAUAUGAAAACUUGCAGCAGGGUGCAAGGAUUAAAGGAAAAAGCAUAUUUCUGAUAAAACAAUCGUAACAAAAAAUAUGUAAUACUGACUGUGAAAAUGUACAAUGCAUGUGUUGACUGAAAUAGUUGAGAAGUUACAAUGAUAUAAUAAUUAAAGUUAAAGAAAUAAACAUAACAUGAGCCAUCAAUUAGCCCGAUCGAGUCCGCAGGGUUUCACUUGGCUCCGGAAGCUAAGUGAGAGUCAUGUAUUUCUAAAAAAAAUAUGCCAGUCAGCUAAUGUAUCAAUAAAAGGUGUGGUGUUUGCAAACAAAAAAUAAUAACAAAACAACAUAAAAUCAUGAAAAAUAGAAUUAAAGGUGAAAGCUUAAAGAAACUAAAAAAAUGAUUAAAAGGAGAAACGAGAAUGAAGAUUACAAAUAUUAUUGAAACUCAACACGCCGCUUUUAUUUACAUCACAACAUUUGAGACUAAUAAUUACUAAAUGAAUCUCAGUGAUGCGUGAGAAAGCGAGUUUUGUAAUAUCGUUUCUUCUUAAAAGAAGCAAAACAAAAACAUUCAUUCAAAUUUUCAUAUCCAACUUAUCACAAUUCGUUGAAAAAUUGAACAAAAACUGAAAGAAUGCUAAAAGAGAACCAUCUGAAGAAAAUAAUAAGUCCUUAUUAAAGCUAUUUAUAUGUUCAUACUGGUAAUUUCGUUAAAAAAAAUUACAAUGAAAAAACUAAUAAAAAAUAAAAAAAGAUAAAAUGAAAAUAACUGGUUAAAGAACAAGUAAAAACAGUCAAUUAUUUAAAGAAUGACAAUGGCUCUCGUAUAAUUAAUUGAAAAUAACCAUUUGCGACAGUGUGUACUCGAGAGACACAAAUGACAUGGUAAUAAUGCUGAUUAAAUAGUGUACCUUUUUUUUUUAUAAAAUUUUACUACAUGGAAGAUCGGCGGGCUGGUGAGAUGUCUGUCAGGCUAUACACGUUACGCCACACGGUUUAUUACAGCCGCCUAUUUAUACCGGUGUCAUGGUAUAGUUGAUCAUCGACUGCUCAGUAAAUUUUGUACCGAAACGUGAAGCUCUAAAUGAUAAUUUCAUAUGGAAUUUAAUUUUUUCACGAAACAUGUGCAUUAUAAAAAAUAAACUCGACAAAAAAAUUGGAAAAUAAAAA